GACGUCGACGGGCUCGUGGCGUUCGGCGAGGAGCUCCAGGUGGGUGUCGCCGGCGGAGUGCAGCUGGCCUGGCGUUCCGGGCGCCGGGGCGGCUUCGCGCUCCCCGUUGGUGGCGCCGCUUUCGGGAUCCUGCUGCAGCAGAGCGAGGUGGCGUACUUCAGGCAGGAGUUCCGGGGUAACGACGCGCGGACGCUGGAGGUGCCCGCCGCGUCUGCGGCGUCAAGCGGGCCGGCGCGUGACUGGCGCGAGGUGGUCCAGCUGUGCCACCAGGAGCAGGUGGCCGACUUCGCGGUGCCGGGGCCGCGGACUGCCGCUUGGUGUGCGAAGUACCAGGUGAAGGAAGGUGGCCCGUCCCUCCAUCAUGAUAUGUGGAAAAGCCGCAGGAAGCUCACCUCGACGGACUUCGGCGUCGACAUGCACGACACGCUCUCGCGCAUGAUUGAGGCCAUGGGAGUGUCGGACCACCUCGACGUCUUCAACUUGGCGAGCGCGGAGAUCGGAUAUCGCAAGCUCCAGUUGAUCGAGCAUUACUGGGACGACCGCAGUGCAGAGCAGCAGCAGAACAACAGCAAGAUCCCCUAG